AUGAAAGCUCUUGUUCUAAAUACAUCCCUAAAAAAGGCAAUCGUGGAGGAUGUCAGUCGCCCAACUCCAAGCUCUCAUGAGAUUCUAGUGAACGUGCGCGCAAUAGCCCUGAACCCGGUAGAUGAACUCUACGUUUCGUCGCCCAUUGCAGCUCAAGAGAAAAGAGUCAUCGGCACUGACUUUGCCGGAGUUAUUGUUGAGGCUGGAUCCGAGAUCAGUGAUUUAUCUGAUCACAGAGUAAAAGUCGGGACUCGAGUCGCUGGUUUUCUCCAAGGAGCUUCGUCCGUGAAUGAUCGCCCUGGGGCCUUUGCAGAAUUUGUAGUUGUCCCUUAUGAUCUCGUAUGGAAGAUCCCGGACAAUCUGACCUUCGAAGAGGCUUCGACGAUCAGCAUGUGCGGCUUGACGGCUGCUCAAGCUCUAUUUAGUCGCCUUGGCUUGCCAUCCCCAUUUUCCUUGACGCCACAAGCGACGCCCGGCAACAAUACCAGAAUCACCAACCUCUUCAUCUAUGGAUCAUCGACUUCAGUCGGACUAUAUGCUGCACAGCUUGCCCAUAUCGCAGCCAAGGCAUCUGGCAUGUCUCUACGCCUGAUAGGCGCAGCUAGUUCAUCUAAGCAUGAGAUGCUUCGGAACGAACCUUACAGCUAUGACAUACUUGUAGACUAUAGAGAUGAAGGCUGGGUUCAAAAGGUAAAGGAUGCUACGGACAGAAAUGGCAUCGAUCUUGCACUGGACUGUAUCUCGGAAGGUCAGACAGUAUACAACACCCACGAAACUUUGGCUCCUUCGGCAAAGUUCGCCGUCAUUCGCGGCCCGGUUGGUGGACAGUAUGAUCCAGCACUACUAACUGUCAAACCUGCCUAUGGUGCUGUCUGGGAAGGCCUCGGUGUUGAGGUUGGAUAUAACGACGCUGUUAUUCCAGCAAAUCCAGAUGCGCAUGCAUUUGCAAAGGAGUUUUAUAACUUCUUGAGUGAGCCACUUGCAUCCGGCAGGGCGCAGCUCGAGCCCAAUCCUGUGAGACUAAUGCCCGGAGGUCUUGAGAAAGUAACACAAGACGGUUUUCGCCUUCUUGGUACGGGCUUGGUUAGUGAGAGGUCAAAGAUUGAGCGGCCAGAAGAGUACAUGCGCCGAAUCAGUGCUGAGAAACUGGUGUUUAAGGUCAAAUUUUAG